GAUAUAUGAACAUAUAUUAGAUCAUAAGAAGUGUCAAUAAAAACCAACUUGUCAUUAUUUUCGUUUAAGUGAUUUUAUGAAUAUUUAACGAACAGUGUUCAUAAUGGCUUACUCUUGGGAUAAUCGAGUUGACUUCGUUGUGCGAUAUAUGUAUGAUAUCGACAACAAUGGCUUUUUGGAUCAAAAUGAUUUCCAAUGCAUGGCUGUGAGAGCUUGCGUUGUGGAAGGUAAAGGAGAUUGUAGUCCUGCUCGAUUGGAGGAGUACAGAAAAUUAAUGAAGAAUCUAUGGGAUGAAAUUUCAGACAUUGCCGAUGACGACAAGGAUGGUAAGAUUUCCAACCAGGAGUUCAAGGAUGCUGUUAAAAAGACAUGCGUAGGAAAGAAAUAUGAAGAAUUUCCUAAGGCCAUGCGCGCUUUCAUUGAAUCGAACUUCAAACUACUUGAUAUUGACAAUGACGGAACCGUUGGAGUUAAUGAAUAUCGCUACAACUGCAUUAGCAGGGUGGCUAUUGAUGACAUUGCCCCUAUUGACAAAGCUUUUGAGACCCUAUUGAAUGAUGAUGACAAGAAACGUGGUGGACUCUCACUUGAUCGAUACAAAGAGCUGUAUGCCCAAUUUCUGGGUAAUACGGCUGAUAAUCAUCCAGCGGUCAAUCUGUUUGGACCUUUAUAAUAACUUACUUAAUUAUUGUCUUCGCUGUUGUUCAACUACUAUUUUUUUAAGUUUAAUAUGUAAUUACUAUGACUUUAAAUUAACUAGGUUAAAUGCAUUCAUAUCAUUUGUGUAGAAUCGUCAGAUGAACAGUUCGUUAACUUUAAAUGAUUUUAUAAUUAGAAUAGAUAUUUGCUCUCCGAAGUUAACCUCAGCAAAAAAUGUUGAUUUUCUCUCAGAUGAAAGCUCUUACAAAAUGUUUCUCUCUCCUAAUCUUGUAACAUUUAUUCAAAUUGUUAUUAUGUUAUGUUUAUUUAGAAAAGGGUUUUGUGUAAAAGCGAAUAAACUAAGCUAAAAGCAAAAAUACACCUUCAGGCUUAAAAUACUUACAAUAAAAAUAUUGCUAAUGGAAAGCUGCAA